GGAGCCCGGGUUUAGGCCAGAGCCUCUCAGAGAAUGGUGGCCGUGGAUUGCGCUCACUGAUUCUGGAUGUGCCCGACCUGAAGGUAGUGAGUGUGCGGUCAUACGACCCGAAGCCGACCCUGUGGGAUUUUUGGCAGACACCUCCAGGACCUAGAGAUUUUCUUGACGGAUACCCCGAUUCUCUCCACCGCCUCAGUUGGCUUCUCUUCCCCAGGCAUUGUAAACGUGGUGCCGGUUCCGGGCCGUGAGUCUGGGAAGCGAGAACUGAGGUGGAGGGAGACGGUUUUUAAAGUAAAAAUACCAGACGUGAGGGUCGGAUACCUUAUCGGUCCUGUGUGGGGAGAGCCCAACUGCAAACUGGAUGGGCGAGAUCCGGCCGUGGUGCUCGUCGCUUACUGCAGUGCUCUGCACGGAGUGGCCAACCCAGAAAUGUGCAGCCUUUCAGUGAUGAGGAUGCAUCAAUUGAGACAAUGAGCCACUGCAGUGGUUUCAGCGAUCCUGCUAGCUUUGCUGAGGACGCUCCCGAUGCCCUUGAUGAAGAAGGAACUCAAGAAGAUAUAGAGUACAGGUUGAAGGGAUUCAUUGACCUUACAUUCGACAAGAGUGCGAAGACGAGGCAGGCAGCUCUUGAAGGCCUUAAAAAUGCCCUGGUUUCUAAGAUGCUUUAUGAGUUUAUUCUGGAGCGAAGAAUGACUUUAACUGAUAGCAUUGAACGCUGCCUGAAGAAAGGCAAGAGUGAUGAACAGCGGGCGGCUGCAGGUCUGGCCUGUGCUCUCUGUGUACAGCUGGGGCCCGGGAUCGAAAGUGAAGAGGUUUUAAAGACCCUGGGGCCCAUCCUAAAGAAAAUAAUUAGCGAUGGAACGGCCACGAUCCCGGCUAGACAAGCGUGUGUAACCUGCUUUGGGGUUUGCUGUUUUAUUGCCAUGGAUGACAUCACGGAGCUGUAUUUAACUAUGGAGUGCUUGGAAAAUAUCUUCACCAAGUCCUACCCCAAAGAGAAAGACUGCAACGGCAUUUGCAGCUCUCCCAACACGGCGCUUCAUAUCAGCGCUCUGCUCGCGUGGACGUUGCUUUUGACCAUCUGCCCCAUUAAUGAAGUGAAGAAGAAGCUUGAAAUGCAUUUGCACAAACUCCCAGGCCUGCUUGCUUGUGAUGAUGUUAACAUGAGAAUUGCUGCUGGAGAAACCUUGGCCCUUCUCUUUGAACUGGCAAGAGGGACAGACAGUGACUUUUUUUAUGAAGACAUGGAGCCGUUGACGCAGACGCUCCGAGCUUUGGCCACAGAUGGGAACAAGCACAGGGCCAAGGUUGACAAGAGAAAGCAGCGCUCUGUCUUCAGGGAUGUCCUGAGAGCCGUGGAGGAACGCGAUUUUCCAACAGAAACUGUUAAAUUUGGGCCUGAGCGGAUGUACAUUGACUGCUGGGUCAAAAAACACACAUAUGACACCUUUAAGGAGGUGCUGGGAUCAGGAAUGCAGUAUCAUCUGCAGUCGAAUGAGUUCCUCCGGAAUGUAUUUGAACUUGGCCCCCCCGUGAUGCUCGACGCGGCAGCUCUGAAAACCAUGAAGAUUUCCCGCUUUGAGAGGCAUUUGUACAAUUCGGCUGCUUUCAAAGCACGGACAAAGGCCAGGAGCAAGUGUCGGGACAAGAGAGCGGACGUGGGGGAGUUCUUCUAGGAUUUCACGCUUGCCAUCAACAGCUGGAGACCACUCACUUCCUCGUUGCUGAUUCCUGAUCUAACUACCACUUGUGUGACUGCUAAAAUAUUUCAGAGUUUUUAAUCUUAGCUAACCUUUAUAACAAGGUUUGAUUUCCUGACACCGUGGAAUGCGCAUUAUUUGCAGGUGUGAAUUCUAAUUAUUGAUGCUUCUUUGUACAUAGAAUUACUAGCCUUUAAUAAAGUCAAUCGAAAGAA